AUGACUUCCUUAGCCCCCUUGGACCCGAUCAAUGCCAACGGGUCAGACCGUGGCAAGAAGGUCGCAUAUUUCUACGACUCCGACGUUGGUAACUAUGCCUACGUCUCAGGACACCCAAUGAAGCCUCAUCGCAUAAGGAUGACACAUAGCUUGGUUAUGAACUAUGGUCUCUAUAAGAAAAUGGAAAUUUAUCGCGCAAAACCAGCGUCUAAAUACGAGAUGACCCAAUUCCACACCGAUGAAUAUAUCGACUUCCUUUCCAAAGUAACGCCGGAUAACAUGGACACUUACGCCAAGGAGCAAAGCAAGUAUAAUGUCGGUGAUGAUUGCCCUGUUUUCGACGGUCUUUUUGAAUUUUGCGGAAUUAGCGCGGGAGGAAGUAUGGAGGGUGCAGCCCGGCUUAAUCGCAAUAAAUGCGACAUUGCUGUCAACUGGGCUGGUGGUCUUCACCAUGCAAAGAAGAGUGAAGCAAGUGGUUUUUGCUACGUGAACGAUAUUGUGUUAGGCAUUCUUGAGUUAUUGCGCUUCAAGCAACGAGUGCUGUACGUCGACAUUGAUGUACAUCAUGGUGAUGGUGUUGAAGAAGCCUUCUACACUACAGAUCGUGUUAUGACUGUCUCUUUCCACAAGUACGGAGAGUACUUCCCAGGAACCGGUGAGCUCCGCGAUAUCGGUGUUGGCCAGGGUAAAUAUUAUGCCGUGAACUUCCCACUCCGCGAUGGUAUCGACGACGUUUCUUACAAGAGUAUCUUUGAGCCUGUCAUCAAGAGUGUGAUGGAAUGGUACCGACCAGAAGCAGUGGUUCUCCAAUGCGGUGGUGACAGUCUUUCGGGUGACCGUUUGGGGUGCUUCAACCUUAGUAUGAGAGGGCAUGCCAACUGUGUGAACUUCAUCAAGAGCUUCAAUCUUCCCACAUUAAUUCUUGGAGGAGGAGGUUACACAAUGCGCAACGUCGCGCGAACCUGGGCAUUCGAAACUGGCAUUCUUGUUGGGGAUCCUUUGGGCUCCGACCUUCCCUAUAAUGAUUACUACGAGUACUUUGCCCCGGAUUAUGAGUUGGAUGUACGGCCAUCGAAUAUGGACAAUGCCAAUACAAAAGAGUAUCUAGAUAAGAUUCGUGUGCAAGUUGUCGAGAACCUUAAGCGAACUUCAUUUGCGCCUUCCGUACAGAUGACGGACGUACCACGCGACCCUCUUGUGGAAGGCAUGGAUGAUGAAGCGGAUGCGAUCUUGGACGACCUGGAUGAUGACGAGAAUAAGGACAAGCGUUUCACCAAAAGGCGAUUCGAUCAAUAUGUCGAGAAACCGGGUGAGCUUAGUGAUAGCGAGGACGAAGAGGAGUCCGCCGCCAAUGGAGUCCGCCGCCAACCUGGCGUAAUGAAGCGGAGGAACCAAGUUAACUAUCGCAACCUGGAUGUUGAAUCGGGACUUGAGAGCGGGAUUGCGACCCCCGCCGAAGCCUCUUCGGUACCUGACGAUGACAUGGAUACUACUGCCGAUGCGAAGAUGGGAGAUGCCCCACAGACAGAGACCGACGCACCCGCAACCCCUUCCGUUGCCGACCCACCAUCGAGGCUGAUGAGGCUUCCCUCUGCGCCUGUUUCUCGCCAGCCAUCCCCCAAGGCACAGGAUGAGGAUACCACCAUGGAAGAUGUGGGUGACGCUGCACCUGAAACAGAGCAGCAGGAGCAAUCAGCAGCGCCAAGUGAGGCUCAGGCUGAAGAGGAGAAGCCCGCCGAAGAAACUCCGGCUACGGACAAACCUGCCACGGAGCCGCCCUCUCCAGCCAAUCCACCGGCCCCUCAGAAGGAGUCCGUAGAGGAUGCAAGGUCAGCUGAGGCGAGUGAGGUAGUGGAAACAGUGGAGACCACUGAGACCAAAGAAAAGAGCCCAGAAGCUUCUGAAGAUGUGCCUGAGCCAGCCAAAGCAGAGCAGGAAUCACCCAAGGAAGUAAAAGAAUCAACCGGCGAACCUCAAGAGAAGGAGCCCACCAAGAGCGAAGCAUAG